UUGAAAAACUACAUCCAACAUUUGCUCCCUCUCACUGUUGCAGCUGCAACCGACCAGCUCUCUAGGAUCUUAACUUUCAGGAAUAACGGGGAAAUCUGCGGUGCAUAAUACAGACCUGCAACCAGCAGCACUAUGUGCCUGUUCAAGUUCAUAUGUGCGAUUACUACUCGGACGUUAUUUGUCCUCGUCUCUCUGACCGGCGUCUGGAGGGUGACGUGGGUGAAGAAAGAUCUAUAUUUCUGGUUCCUCAUUUUCCUCUGUCUGCCGCUUGUUGUGGAAAUGAUAACAACGCUUAAGAGCCGAAACGGAAAAGAUUACAAAUGGUUUUCUCCUGCUAUCUUUCUGUUUCUCAUCAGUAUCAUUCCCUCCAUCUGGAUCCUAGAGCUCCACCACCAGCAGUUCAAAGCCAGCGAGCCUGAGUGCAAAAAUCUCAACUCUUGGGAGAAUGUGCGUAAAAUGAUCACUCUGAAUGAGACCCAGGGAAACUUCACGUACCAGAACUACCUGAAGAUGUUAUCGACUGUCUGUUCCAACGACUGGAUCCUGGCUCUUCAUCAGAUCCUGCUCAUCCUCCUCAUCGUUGGGAAGUGGCUCCUCCCGCUGGGAGGCGGAGUCACGCGGGACGAGCUCUCGCAGCUUCUCUUAAUAUUUGUUGGCACUGCGGCUGACAUCCUCGAAUUCACUAGUGAGACGCUGUCAGACAUCAAAGAGAAAAGUUGCCUGGUCUACAUCAUCUUAGGUGUAUGGACUUGGAGCAUGUUGCAGUUCCCACUUCAUCUGGCUGUGGUGAACUCCAAGCCAGACAGUGAGGGUGAGCAGGGGGAUCAGGAAGUGACCCUCCUAACUAAACGCAGCACGGACAUGUGGAGCAUCGUGGAGGCCUUGUUUAUCCAAGACGGGCCUUUCCUGCUGGUCAGGCUCAUCGUCAUGACCUACUUUGACGUCUUCCACCAGAUGCUGGUGUUCUUCGCCAUCAAAAACUUCCUGGUGAUCAUACUGAACUUGUACAGGUUGGUUGUUAUAUGCCAGGACUACAGGAGUAGAGAUGGCCGGGCCAGCGCUAUCCCGUGUGUUUGAUGACGAGUUCAUCGCACAGGGGAAGAGGGGAGUCGGAGAAAUGUUACACCCAAAGUUUUACAGUUAACAGUGGACUGAUAAAAACUGCAAUUGGAGCAGUAAAAUGAAGGAAAUGUUUGCUCUUUGUAAGAACAGAAGCUACGCACACUCAAGAGCACACUUACGCACAUUUGAGUGCUGCCAUGUUUGUGCAAAAAUAAUUGGUUAUUGGUGCGUUUUCUUCAAUUCUUCAGCUGUAUAAUAUAUUGUUUAAAUUACAAUCGUUUUUUUAUCAUUCAUAAUACUUUUACAUAAAAGCAUUAUGGCCUUUUAAAACAAAUAAACACUGUGAGUAUUUUCACAGUGUGGUAUCAGUGCUUGUACUUAAGUAAAGGGUCCAGCACUGCACAUUACUAACACAAUAAAAUGAACAAAUGUAGUCCCAAAGUCCCAACUGUGCCAGAACCGACAGUAACUGAAGCCAGGCUACUGUUUAGAUAAGGAUUGGACAGAUUUCUCAGUGUGACUCUGGGCAUUUUGUUGAGCAGAAGGGAUCAAGGAUAGCAGGAAGACAGAUAUUGUUGAUGACAUAAAGGCUGUGAAGUGUUGACUGAAGCUGAGAUCGAGGGAGAGAAAUUCCCCUUUCUUAACCCAGACAGGAAGAUAGAACUGCCUGUGAAAACAUCAUAUGGUAGCCACUAUAUCACCACUGGAUAAGGAAGACCUUGCAUUCUGAUGAUUUUUACAAACGUUAAGUGAUCUUUGAUAAUUGCGGUUUCAAAACAGGAGAGACGUUCUAUCACUUAACUAUUCACGUAACUAUUACUGUUACUGUUUGCCAUUUUGCUAGAACCUGGAAUACCUUUAAAAAAAUAAAGGGACUGGAGACGCAUGAAACUGCACUCAGGUAAACAACUCAAACACUUUAAAGCCAUUCAUUAUUAUCGCCUUUAUAAUGCCAAAGAAUCUUUAUUAUGACUCCCUGGUUUAUGUGAAGAUGUUUAGAUAACCUCAGCACAAACUGUGUAUUUGAACUUUUUUUUUAUCUUAUCAUCUUUUGUAUUAUUUAUCCCCAAACUAGCAUUAUAUCCAGAGCUAUUCAAGUGUUAUUUCUACCUUUUAUAUAAUCAUUAUUACAUGUUAAUGUACUGUACGUUGGCCUGACA